AUGACACGCCUCUCCCUGGUAGCAGCCGCGCUCGCCUUCGUCUCUUCCGUCGCCGCGCAAUGUGGCUCCGGGACUCCAAAUGCAAAAGUAACAGGGUCGGGGAGCUCUUUCACGGCUACGAAGGGCUCGGCGACGGUGUACACGGGGUCGGACUACCGCGCUGCGAUACAAGCUGCUGUCGACUCCGUCAGCAGCGGCCAGCGCGUCUCCAUCAUCGCAUCCGGUUCCAUCGGUGCUAGUACUAUUACCAUUGGAAGCGGAAAGAUUUUUGAAGGCUGUGGCACCAUUAAUACUGCGAAUCGCGCGGGGCAUGGGGCGAUUGAAGUGCUGAAUGCGCAAGGCGUGCAGAUUCCGUAUUUGACGAUGACAGGCAAUCCGUACUUUGGCCUUAGAUUCUACGGUACGAAGGAUCUUGUGCUUGGGAAAAUCACAAUGAACCUAAGUGGCGGAUUGGGCAUCCGCUUCGACCGCGACCAAGCGGCCAAUACCAACGUCAAGAUGGACGUCAUCACCGUCACAGGCGCAGGAAGCCACGCCGUCGAAACUUGGAACAUUGACGGGCUCACCAUCAACCAAGUCAUCGCCCGCAACGUCGGCGAGUCCGGGCUCCUCCUGCAGAAGACCACGAACGCGAAGGUUGGUCUCGUCGACGGGAACAACGUCGGCGCCGGCACGGGGUACGCCACCCUCCGCUUCGCAAACAACAACGGGCAGCUAGCCUCGGGCGCGUACACGACCAAUGUUGUCGUCGACAAAGUUGUGUCACGCGGAGGCGGCCGGGGCAUCUUCUGCGUGAGCCAGAGCGGCGGCGCAACGAUUGGGACUGUGGACCUUGCAAGCAACGGGAAUAACGCUGUGCUGAUUGAGAAUUGUUAUAACCUGCGGAUCAACGGCGGGACGGUCAAUGGCGGCGGAGAGGUGAGGAUUAGUGCGCGCAGCGAGUUUCCGAAUACGAAGGAUAUCUGGAUUACACUGAAGGUGGAUGGGACAAGUGUGAAGGAAAGCCCGUGCGGGGAGAAUACUAAUUGGACGUUGAGUGGGAGUGGGGCGAGGAGUAUUUGCUGA